AUGAUUCUCUGCCUGCCGAUUCCAGUGGAGGCGGCAACAAACAAGGACGAAGACAAUGAUUGCCAACAUAUAGAGGAGGAGGAGGAGGAGGAGGACAGUGGCCUCAAGGAAUUCAACCGAUGCGUAGAGGACGCACCACGUUGCCAAAUUGACUACAUUGAAGUAGUUCAGCAAGGCGAUGCACAGUGUCAACUCGGCUCCUCCUCCUCUUCCAACCACUUAUACACAGGUUAUCUGCCUAUCGCAGUACGAAAGAUGUAA